UCCCAUCAUGACUAAGGUAUCUCUGGUGUUGGCUUGUAUAGUGGCGGCAGUUGUGGCCGAACCCCCAGUACCCCAGGGACAGUACCCUCCCUCCAGCCAGUACGGCACCCCCUCAGGCCAGCUGGGACUCUCAGGCCAGUACGGCGUGCCCGGCAGAUUCGGCGGGAACGGGAGACCAGGACAACAGCAACAGCAGGGCUACCCCUCAGGUCCCAGCGGCAACGGCUUCUCACCCUCAGGGUACGCUGGCAACGGCGAGGACGGCAAUGGAGAGCCAGCCAACUACGAAUUCAAGUACGACGUGGAGGCUCCAGAGUACAACGUGAACUUUGGUCAUGAGGAGGCACGUCAGGGGGAUGUGGCCCAGGGGAAGUACUACGUGCUGCUGCCCGACGGCCGCACCCAGCUGGUAGAGUACGUGGCUGACCAGGACGGCUACAGGCCCAAGAUCAGCUACGAGGGUGGUGAGGACCAGAACGGAUACGGAAGCGGACCCAACGGACAGGGAGGUUACAGCAGUGGAGGUCCCAACGGACAGGGAGGUUACAGCAGUGGAGGUCCCAACUCUCAGGGAGGAUACGCCAAUGGUGGUUUCGGUGCUCAAGGAGGUUACGCCAACGGAGGAUCCAACGGACAGGGAGGUUACUCACGUGGAGGCCCUGGAGGCUACAGCAGCUAGUGUUUCAUACUCUGUUAAUACUAGAAACAAUGUAUAUUGAUGUAGAAAUCGUGAUAUUUAUUAAAUUAUUUGCAAUGUAGA